AUGUCAGAGGAUGGAAAAAAUCUGACAGAUAAAUCAUUAGAAUCCAACACUUAAAACUCAGUAUAUCGAUUAAUAUAUUUGAUGGUUCGGGAUUAAAAUUAAUCGAUAAUAGUGCAUUGUAUAGCAAUGCUAAUUACUUUGAUGCAAAUAAAUUAUUUCAAAUUCCAUCAUAUGGUAUAAGAAUUAUUGUAUAAAGAUUGUAUCAGUAUGGUAGGACAAUAAUGCAGAAAUAUUGACUUAAAUAUUUGGAUAUUUUAAUUUUACUCAUUAUUUGUUGAAUUAGGAUUAUAGUGCAGUUCAAGUUGUAAUUUAUGUUUCAAUUGCAUUGAUAAGUUUUUGGGUGUUCUUAUUUUUAAUAUCAAUAAUAUUUAUAGUAAAUCAGAAAGAUCCAGUUCAAUUAUAAAUUAACAUAUUAAAAUACAUGACAUUUGUAUUCAGUACCAUACUUUAUAUACCAAUAUUAUUCUUAUUCACAGUAAUUAUUUUAUUGAAAUAAUUUAGUUUCCAAUCAGUUGUACAAAUGGAUACAUGGAUGACUUUUAAAAUUAAAAAUGUUGGUAAGGUUUAUUAGUCAUAGAUUAAAUAAUUUCAAUUAUUGGGUUAAUAAUCUUAUUUUUAAUGUGCUCAUCGGUUAAUCUUGUACUAUUUGAUGGAACUUUUGAUUAAGAAAACGCUUUGUCAAAAAGAAAUGGAAGAUGUUCAGCCUUAAAUUAGAUUCAUUUUGGAAUUGUAGUUUUGUUAUCUAUGCUACCACACAAUGAGAAUUCAUAGGUGUUCUUUGAGGUCUAUUAAUUGAUUGGGUCAGUGAUUUGUUUUUUGUAUGCCAAGAAAAAUGAUGCUUAUAAUAAUAGAGUAAUGUAAAAGUUAUUUUUAACUUUUCUAACUUUGGAAAUGUGGACAAGCCUUAUGUUAUGCAUUUCUAAUUUGGUUGAAAAGAGAAUUAUGGUUGGAUCCCUUUAUACUUGGUUAUUUUGUUUACCUUUUGUAUUUAUGAUAUAAUUAUUACAAUAACAGAAAAGGGAAUAGUGUUUGAUGAUAUAUGUAAAUAAAUUUGAUGAUCCUGUAUAAUUGGUAAAUCAUGUACAUGAAGUUAUAAAAUUAGUUGAAUAUGAUAAAAAGAGGUUACCUUAAGGUUAAUUAUUAAAUGGAUACAUAGAAUUUCACAAUUAGACUUGUCCAAAUCCGUUAUGUCCAUUAAAAAAAGUUAAAUUUUCAUUAAAUAUGUUCAAAGCAAAAAAUGAAUUGGUUAGCAAAACAGACAAAAGACAUUAAUUAAUAUAUGAUACAAUGGCAAGAUUGUUUAUUAUGGGGAUUGGAAAAUUUCCAACUGAUGUUUUUAUUCGAAUAGAAUAUGCAUUAUUUACUUUAAGAAUUUUAAAAUCUAAGCCCCAAGCUUUGGAAGAGUUAAGUAAUAUAGAGAAAUUAAAGUCUUCUUUUGAUGAAAAAUACAUUGUGUUUUAUAUAAAGAGUGUAAUUGAAGCUGAGAUAUCUGAGUUAAGUGGGGAUGGUUAGGAUUUUACAGAACAAAGAGAUUUUGAUGAGAAGUUUGGAUCUUUUAAAUAAGCAAUGGAAAGAAGUGUAAGUUUAUUGAUGGAGUUUUGGUCUCAAUUUGCUGAUGAGAAACCAGAUUUGGUGAAGUUAUAUGAAAUAGGUUCAAAAUUAUUUCCAAUUAGAAUGUAUGUUGAUACGACUUGGAAGAGACUUUAACGAAUAUAAAAUCAAUAAUUACCUUAAGCUUUAAGAUUAUAUUCUAAAUAUUUAAUUGAAAUUUUCAAUGAUAGAAUAUCAGGUUUUGAUUUGCUAGAAUAGGCUAGAAAGUUAGAAAAUUCAUUUGCUUAAAGAAAAGCUUUUAAAUUAGGUAUGACAUCAAAUUUAAAUGUUGAUGGAUAAGAGGAUGGCUGUAUAUUUAUUUCAUUAGAGGAAGAGAAAUUUGGAUAGAUAUAUGCGGUCAAUAUGGCUGCAGCCUCGUUAUUGGGAUUUGAUAAAAAUGAACUUAUGAAUAAGAAAGUGAAUAAUAUUAUGCCAUCAUUGUAUGCAAGUAAUCAUGAUGAUUUUUUAAGAAGAUUUCUAGAUACCAACGAAGCAACAUUAUUAAAUAAAGAAAGAUUGUUAUUAGGAAAGCAUAAGAAUGGAUAUUUAUUAGGGAUUAAUGUAUUAUUACGUCCAGUUUAUCAUGUAUUAAAAGAAGGAGUUGAAUUUGUAGGAACUUUUAAAAAAGAAAAGAGGAUAAAAGAUGUUGCCUAUUUGGUUUGCAAUAAAGAAUAUGUAGUUGAAGAUAUUUCAGGAGGAUGUAUAAAUUUACUGGGUUUUGAUGUAAAAGCAUUAUAGAUAUAAGAAGUUCAUCUUUUUGAUUUAUUUCCAGAAAUAAAAGAAUCUUAUGAUGAUUUUAAAAUGAAAUAAGGAAAAUCGAUAGAUUAUAUAUUUCCAAAAAUUUUAGAUGAUCAUAUAGCAUUUGGGGCUUCUGAUAUGACUAUUAAAUUGAGUGUAUCGAUUUUGGAUAUAAAUUUUCUUAUGAUGAAGAGUUCAGAAAAUGAAUAAGGUUUAGCUGGAUUCUAGGUGCGAGUUGAAAGAUUAAUAGACUUGUCAAGUUCGAAUUUGAAAUAAUUUUAACAGAAAGUAUUCAAGAACUAAAACUUUUCUUUUAGAUUACAAUUUCAAUAAACUGGUAUGCAUUUUUAUGGAGAAUAUACUGAUGCUAAUUACAGUGAAAUGAUUACUCAUAUAUAAGAUUAGAGUAUGUUAACUAAUCAAGAGUAUGAUUUAAAAAGCAAAGAAAUUGAGAAAAAUGAAGAUGUUAUUGAUUAUUCUUAAGGAAUUAGAGUAAUGAGAUUAUUUGAGGGUGUGAUCUAUGAUAUUGAUAAGUUUCAAUCAGAUGCUGAUAUGGAGAGUUAUGAAGAAAUUCAAAUAAAGAAAGAGGAAUAAUAGAAUCAAUAAAAUGAUGAGCCAAAUGAAUCUGGAUAUUUUAGAUCAUCUAAAGAGUUAUAAGAAACUUUAAAUGCAUAAAGUGAAAGUAAAACAAUCAGAUGGCUAUAUUAUAUAUCAUUUCUUCUAACAAUAUUACUAAUUAUAUUGUGUAUUUUAAAUAAUAUAUUCGAGAGAGAAGAAAUCAACAAUUAAAACACAGGUUGGAACAUGAUUAUUAAGUAAUCUGAUAUGAUUACAUAUUUAAAUGAAAUCAUACUGUAUUCAAGAGAAUUAAUGUUUACAAACAUUGGAUUUUCUUAUUAUAAAUAGGAUAAACUAUUAUUUAAUUUGAAUAACAGUAUUUAAUAGUUUGAUUAACUUAGUAAGGAAGUUUUUAUGAAGAUUUCAUUCAAUUCUGAUGUAAUGAUGAAGACUUAAUCAGGAUAAGAAAUUAGCACAAUAGAAUAGGCAAGUUAAUAAAUUGUUAGUAAAUCUCUUAACAUUCAAUAAAUUUAAUCCUAAUUAGACGAGAAUUAAAUCGAUUAUUAUUAUGUAAUUUAUAAUUCCUUAAAUGAUUUUAUCCGUGCAUUACUUGAUAUGUAUAUGAAUACAAUCAAUUUAUCCUAUAAUUAAACGAAUAAAUUAUAUAGUGAUAUUUUAAUCAUCCUAAUUUUAUCAGCUUGUUUAACUUUCAUAUCCUCAAUUAUUCUUACUUGCAUAUUGACUAGUACUUUGGAUAAAAGGUAAGAAAUAUUGAGCAUCUUUCUCGAUAUUCCAGAAUAAACGGCUAAAUUAUUCUACUCCAAAUGCGAAAACUUUUUAUCUUAAAUAUCCUCUAAUGAGGAUGAUGAAGUUUUGAGUGAAAUUGAUAUUAUUGAAGAUAAAGGAAAUGUUGAUGAACCUGUCUCACUUCUUGGUAGAAAAAGAAAAAGGUUUAAGAAUAAUGAAAAUAAGCAUAUGGGAUUCUUUAUCAAAAUGAUAUUUUUAGCAUCAAUUAUAGAGUCAUACUUUAUUAUGAUUUACUUUUUAGAUUAAAAUAACGUAGAUCAAAAAAUCAAUAUUUUAAAUGAAUUUAAUUAAACUUCAUUAAGUUCCAGCUAUUAUUCCAUUCUUGUCAAUUCACUUAAAUAGUAUAUACACAAUGAUAAAUUCAAUUUAAUGAAUCAGGAUAGUAACACCACUAUGGUUUAGUUGAUAAACAAUGUUUAUGAAAUUGAUACUCUAUAUCAAAAAUUACAUGCGAUAAACGUAGAAUAUAAUGAUAUUUCAUACAUUGAUUAUUACAAUUAGAUUAUGUUUGAUAAUCUUUGCACAAUUAUCAUUUUUGAAGAAAUUCAAUGUGAAACGUUUGCUAAUGGAAUCUUAGAUCAUGGAUUAAUGACAGCAGUUUCGAGGCAUUUUCAAAACAUCAGAAAAUUAUACAAUACUUAUUAGAAUUUAAAUUUUAAUGACACUUUAGAGUUUCCUUGGUCUGACUAUACAUUCUUGUAACUUUCUGAUAAUACAAAGAAAAAUAAACUUCUAAAUUUACUCAAUACUCCAGAAAGCUAUGAAAUAAGUAAAUAUUGUUGUUAUUCAUUAGAUGAUAUGUAAUUUUAUGUCCUUAAAAAUGCAUAUUCCCUUUUAAAUAAUUAAUAUUUGAAUAUCGUUACAGCUGAUUAAGAAAAUUACAUAGUUUAGCAAUUAAUAUUAAUGAUUUUCUUCAUGCUAACUUUGAUCAUGGCAUAACUGUUUUGCUGGAAUCCUUUCUUAAGAAAAUUAAAUAGAGAGGUAUUUUCAAAUUUAUUCUCUAGAUUUGGUCCACAAAAUGCUUAUUAACUUUCAUUCCAAUAGAUGAAAUAGCCAAAAUUAGAACGAUUAAUAAUUAUAUAAGAACAGUAAUCUUGGAAUAAAACAUUUGA